UCUCUCUCUUAAGAUCCUUCUCCCAUGCUCAUAUAAAUCUCACUCUUCCAAUACCAAUAUUUUUUUGCACAACACAGAUCUCUCUUCUAUUACAAAACUUACUAUCAGCAAUCACUGCACUCUGAAGAAAGAUCAACAUGAAAUUACUAGGUUGGGUGCACCGGAAGUUCCGGCAAAAUAGUUGUGAACCAUUCAAGGAUUUUGGACUCGGGUACUCUUGUAAUUGUCUUUCAGGGCAGCCAUCAUUCAAUGAGGGCUAUGGCUCCCGUCACGUAAGGCAAUCCCAGAAAGAAAGGACCAUUGGGAAAUCAUAUCUUGGAGUGGAAGUGGAAGACAACAACUUCGAAGAUGAGUCUUCAGAAGCAAUAUCCGAACUCUUCCACGGCCUCCUCACAAUAGGAACUCUUGGUUCGGACCCAGUCACUUCAGACCCUGCAACACCUACCUUUGCCAUCUCUGUAGAGAACAUAACUGAAAAAGAAACUGAGGCAACAGAGAAUGACCUUAAGCUCAUCAAUGAUGAGCUAGAAAAGGUUCUAGGGUCCCAAGCCAAGGACGAUGGGUACAGCACCUCAUCAGCAAGGAGUAGUCACGUUAGCACCAUUACCCUAAGUGGCAAGCAAAUGGAAGGAACCGAAUCUAAUGUGAACGAAUCAGCAGUCUGCCCACUCCAAGGAUAUCUCUUUGGUUCUCCCAUCGAGUUGCCACAAACAACAGUGGCAAAAAAGGAACAUCGGACAUCACUUGGGGAGCUCUUUCAGAGAAGCAAAAUGGUCGACGAGAAUCCAACAGGGAAACAUGAAAGAGAGGAGAAGCCAAUGGAGAAGGAAGUAGAGAAAUCAGGUAUUCAUCUCAUGAAGAUGUUUAAGCGCCGGAUGCUCAACGCUUCUUCUAAGAGCUCUACUGCUUCUACUCCUGAUUCUGUUUCAGCUGAGAAGAAACUCUGUAAGAUCCUACAUAUGUUUCAUCGAAAAGUUCAUCCAGAAACCCCUACUGUUACAAAAAAGUUGAGUAAGUCCCACAAGUAUGAAAACAAGAACAAAAUCUCUCGUGAUCAAGCCUACAACACUGGAGAUCAGCCAUUCCCGGAUGAAGAUGUGAUGAUAUUUUCCCAGAGAGCCAUCUCAAAGGUCCGGCGGUACAAGAACCACUUGAACACAACCCAAAUUGAACUUGAUGGCAAUGAUUCAAAUGGGAACAGGGAGUGCUGGAUCAAAACAGAUGCAGACUAUCUGGUUCUGGAGCUGUAGAGGCAAAAGUUGUCACAUGCUCAAAGUUAUGGUCCUCCAGAAAGAAAUUAUGUUAUUCAGUUUGAUGAGUUCCUACUUGUUGAUGAUUAUAGUUUUAUGUGAGUAAUCGUAUUUGAAGAGACCAACAAAGGAAUAAAAAAGUCAUGCCUCUGUUAGUGCAAAUGAUUAUGUUAAUGAAUUUGAUGAGAUACUAUCUAUUGAUAAUUAUAGCAAGUUU